AUGACUGCUGUUUGCACCCCAAAAAUAGACUCUCCGAAUAAUUCAAGGAUUCUAUCUGACCAUGAAGAAGAUAAACAGAACUAUUUUGCAGACCAUAAUAUGAACCCUACAAUAGCUUUGGAUCGGAGAGGGACAUAUUCGAGAAAGCUGUUUCACAAGAUCCCUUUGAAGUAUUGGUGGUAUUCAAUAUUUUUUGUGAUUUUUUUAAACCAAGUGCUGAUUUUAGGAGCAUUAGCGACUCCUCGCUGAGUUAAACAAGGAGAUGAGCCUAAUAGGUGAAAAGGAGGACUAAUUAAAUGUGGGUCUUGCAAUGGAAGAUGGGAAGGGGAAUAUUAUGCUUUUUAUAUUAAUUUUGCAAAUAAAUUAUUAUUUUUUUUUAAAAACAAUUAAAAUAUCCAAAUUUGCAUAUAUGGCAAUCUCAAAUAAAGCUUGUGACGAUGAUAUGGACGGAUACUGCGAUACUUUUUCAAUGCUACUCAAAGCAGGGAUAGCGACUGCUGUAUUUGAAAUUCUUGCACUUUUAUUUUUAAAUAUAUGAGAAAUGCUUAUUUUUGUGGAACUCAGAGGGAUUUUUGUAUUAAAAGACUGAAUUGUGUAUUUCAUUGUCGCAGCAGCUUUUAUAUCAAACACAUUUGCAAUUGCGAUUUGGUUUGGAGUCACAGGAGCUACAUUUAAUGACGACUGCCACAAAGCUUCAAGUAUUAAAAGCCAUGAAAAGGUCUGUGCAACAGAUGGACCAAUUUUGAUGAUUGUUACUGAAAUUUGGAUACCAAUUACAUGCAUCUUUUUUUAUUGGGUUUAUAACAAAAGGUGGACAAUUGUGCCAACUGAAAGUGCAUCUGAGGCGACUACAGGAAUUUUAAGGUAA